GUAAGUUUAAUAUUGAUAACGUACGCGAAAAAAAAAAUAAGACAGUGAUAGAUAUAGUUCUCAAGAACAAUUUUACAAUACAAUCAGUGGUUACGCAUUCUUCGUAAAAUUAUUUAAUAUGAUGUAAUGGGAAUUAAGGCAUUAGUGAUACAAGCACUGCGGAACUAUAAAUACCUGAAGACGAAUGGAAGUUAUAAUUGAAUUACAAAAAAUUAUAAUAAACAUUCUGGAAAUAGUUGAAAUUUUGUGAAAAAAAAAAUAUAAUAAUAAUGGAAGCAGUCAAUUUUUCGAAUAUUUCACAAAUUGCAAUAUUUAAAUCAUCAAAUAUUGUUUUUUCUAAUGCUAUAUUGCCGGCUAUUCUAAUAGUCCUUAAUGGAAAAAUUAAUCGUAUUCAUCAUUAUCAGAAUGAAACACACGCAGAGCAGAUUUUAAAUAAUUAUAAUAAUGAAACUGUUUACGAUUUUGGAUCAUCAGUUAUAAUGCCAGGAGUGAUUGAUACACAUGUACAUGUAAAUGAGCCAGGAAGAACUGAUUGGGAAGGAUAUGAAACAGCAACACGAGCUGCAGCUGCUGGCGGUGUUACAACAAUUGUUGAUAUGCCAUUAAAUUCAAUUCCGCCUACAACAACUUUGGAAAAUUUAAAAGUCAAAGUUAAAGCAACUCGUGGAAAAACUUCUGUAGAUGUUGGUUUUUGGGGCGGUGUUAUUCCUGGAAAUCAAAAACAUCUGAAGGAUUUGGUGCAUGCAGGAGUCGUUGGAUUUAAGUGUUUUAUGUGUCCAAGUGGAGUUGAUGAAUUUCCUUAUGUUAAUGAAACGGACAUCACAUUAGCUUUACAAGAAUUGCAUUCAUUGAAUUCUCUACUCGCGUUUCAUGCCGAAAUGGAAACAGAAGAAGCUGGUUCUAAACCGUCUGGUAAUACUAGUUUAUAUUCUACAUUCCUAAAUACAAGACCACCUUCUAUGGAAGUCAAGGCAUUACAAGUUGCUACAACUCAUUGUAAAACUUAUAACACGAGAUGUCAUAUAGUACAUUUAUCAGCUGCCGAGGGUUUGGAAAUAAUAAAACACGCUAAAAAUAAUGGAGUGAAUUUAACUGUUGAGACGUGUCAUCAUUAUUUAAACAUUGCUGCUGAAGAUGUUCCUAAUGGUGCAACGCAGUACAAAUGUACUCCACCAAUUCGUCAAAAAUCCAAUCAAAACAAACUAUGGACAGCGUUAAAAAAUGGAGAUUUAGAUAUGGUCGUUUCCGAUCAUUCUCCAUGCACUGAAAAUUUAAAAACACCUGGAAAUUUUAUGACUGCUUGGGGUGGAAUAGCUUCUAUGCAAUUUGAUUUAUCAUUGAUGUGGACUGGAGCAAGGCAAAGAAAUUUCAGUUUAAUAGAAGUAUCAAAAUUACUUUCCGCCAAUCCGGCUAAAGUUGUUGGAUUCGAUAAAUUCAAAGGCACUAUUAAAGAAGGAAUGGAUGCUGAUUUUGUUAUUUGGAAUCCAGAAGAGAAAUUCACAGUGCAAAGAAGUAAUAUUUAUCACAAAAAUAAGCUCACUCCAUACGAAGGAAGGACAUUAUAUGGAUUAGUUAUCGCUACUGUUGUUCGAGGGCAGUUUGUCUAUAAUAAAGGAAAUUUCUCACACGAGCCCAAAGGACAAUUAUUACUUAAUAAACAAUUUUUGGAGCAAAUAAAAUAAUAAGUCUUCUUUUUGUUUUUUAAAAAAAACUAACUUUUACUCUGUUAUAUAUUAAUAAAGUUAUUAUAUUUAUUGUGAAUAAAUUUUAAAAAUUUUGAUUUUUAAUAUUA